AUGGGACUGUUCUAUACCUUGACUGUGGCAGUGGUUACAUGGCUGAAGACGGUGGCCGCAAAGAAGAUGAAAAAGUCGCUGGACUCGAUCAACUCUAGGCUCCAACUCGUUAUGAAAAGUGGGAAGUACGUCCUGGGGUACAAGCAAACUCUGAAGAUGAUCAGACAAGGCAAAGCGAAAUUAGUCAUUCUUGCUAACAACUGCCCAGCUUUGAGGAAAUCUGAAAUAGAGUACUAUGCAAUGUUGGCUAAAAUUGGUGUCCAUCACUACAGUGGCAAUAAUAUUGAACUGGGCACAGCAUGUGGAAAAUACUACAGAGUGUGCACACUGGCUAUCAUUGAUCCAGGUGACUCUGACAUCAUUAGAAGCAUGCCAGAACAGACUGGUGAAAAGUAAAC